CCGCCUCCGUGGGUUAUGAGUCUGAAGUCGUGACACGUUCAACCUAAAAAUGCCCUGGACGUAUCUGUCCCUUCAAACCUGAUGUUGGCCAGGCUCGAUGGAUUCGCACCCACGCCGAAACAAGCGCGCCACCGGCCGUGCAUUUGAGCUCUGCAAGACUGCACGCAUACGAUCCGCGGAUUCAGAAGCAAGGAUGGUCGCUUCAAACAGACCAAACGACGCUUGGACACGGAGACGUGGCGUUCUGGAGCGGGUCUACUCGGCUGUGGGCAUCUAGGGUUGCACGUGGAUUUAUUGACUAGUACAACGUUCAGACUCGCACGCGACGCCGCCUGACGCGUUGUUGAUUCACUCACUAGCACAGGAGGUAUUGGUCUAUCCCCCUCUUGCGCCGCCUGGAUCUUUCUCGCCGGUCGUCGGUGGUAUCUGUGGUUUGAGUUUGCCGUAAAGAGGCAGGUCGCUUACUACAUGAAAUGGUGCUUUGACGGAGAAGAUUUGAAGAGGAUCACCGUGCACACUGUGUCAUCUCCGCGGCAAGCAAUCCGACGUGAGAACUCGUUGCGAUACAGUAUUACUAUUACUGAGUGGCACACAAGACUCUGUCGCCGUGCCAAUCUUGACCUCCUUCCCCGAUCUCCUGAGCUAUUCGACGACAAGAGAAGCUUAGCUGAGGCCGAAACACCGGACGGCAACUGCCGAGGACAACAGCGAUGACUCGAGCACCGCUGACGCUAUCCCACAAGACGCUCGACUACACAUCCACUUUCGCCUUCUUUGGCAGAAUCAAACUUCUUCGAAACCACCUUCGAGCUCGGACGCUCGUUUGCUUCAGGUCUUGUUGCUCUGAAGGCAGAAUUGACUGCAUGUGGAUGUCCCGGGUACCCACUUUCAUGUAUCGGACUCUCCGUCGCUCAGGAUCCGCCACCUUCGUUUUCGCCUGUAUAACAAGUCUGCACCCUCGGACCGUCCGUGAUUAUCUGUCGCGACAUCUUGGACGGAACGGCAUGCGUUAAUCUUGCUCGCGGUCUCGCGUAGAGUGCCGAGAUGGAGACCGGCUUGCGUGUGAUGGAUACUGUAGAUGAACGGUUGUCACCGCCAUCGAGCACGACUCGAAGAAGCGUUCGCAUCACAGAGCCAUCUACGAGCUUCAGCUAGAAAUGCAUAUAAUCCGCUGGGAGAACGCUUUGUCUCGCAGAUUGUCGAGCUAUGAAACGGCUCCGGCUGUACUCUCACCUCACGCUGCCAGCUGGAUAUCUCAAGGCGGCCUGGAAUGUUUUCCUGCUGAUCUGCACAAGACCUCGAGCUCCGGCCCAAUCCAAUGCCUCGCCGACGCAAAACUCAAAGAUGUCGGGGAUCUAAUCUGCCGUUCACCUUGAAACAAAAGCUAGCGAGAGGCAGCAAGCGAGACACUUGGCGAAG